AUGGUUCACAUCUUUAGUGGCCUUACUACAAUGGCGUUGUUUGUCGUCUUCACACAAGCACAAGCUAAGCGAUAUAUGGGGAAAAGAGACCUCAGUCGAGACUAUUACACAUUGAAUAUACCCAGCACGAAAGACGGUAUAGAAUCAGCGAAGUACAUUGCUCACCAGCUUCAAGUGAGGUAUGAAGGAAGUGUAGGUGAGCUAGACUCUUGGUUCAUGGUGAGCUCUCCUCAGAGCCUCAAAAGAGACGAUCCAGUAUUAGCCAACUUUAACAGACUCAAGCAUCUCUCGCUGCAAAAAAGAGACGCCACUUCACAGCACUGGCAAAACGUAAAGUUGAUAGAAAAGCAAACUCUGAAACGACGUACAAAACGUGGACCAAUACCCGCAGACAAGCAAUUAGUUGAUGCACAAAAAACACUCAGUAUCAAGGAUCCCUGGUUUCCUCAGCAGUGGCAUCUGAUCAACACUGAAAAUCCAGGCAAUGAUAUCAAUGUCACCGGAGUCUGGAAGCAGGGUAUCACUGGCAAAGGUGUUAAUGUGGUGAUCUUGGAUGACGGGCUGGAUUAUAAGAGCAAAGACUUGGCAGACAACUUUUUUGCAGAAGGUUCCUAUGAUUUCAACGAUCAUGAAUCACUGCCCACACCAAAGUUAUGGGAUGAUAGUCAUGGAACUCGUUGUGCUGGCCAGAUUGCAGCUGUAAAGAACGAUGUAUGUGGUAUGGGAAUUGCAUAUGAAGCAAAGGUAGCUGGUGUUCGUAUUUUGUCAGGCGAUUUGACCGAUGCAGAUGAAGCCAUUGCACUCAACUAUGAAUAUCAAAAAAACAUGAUUUUCUCUUGCUCUUGGGGACCGCCUGAUAAUGGACAAACGAUGGAAGCACCAAAUGGCAUUCUUGCAGACGCCUUUGCCAACGGUAUCAAAAAGGGUCGAGGAGGAAAGGGAUCCAUCUAUGUGUUUGCUACAGGCAAUGGUGCUACAUCCGGCGACAAUUGCAAUUUUGAUGGAUACACCAACAGCAUUUACACCAUCACUGUGGGAGCCAUUGAUCAUAGAAACGAGCACCCUCCUUAUUCUGAGAGCUGCUCAGCUCAGCUUGUAGUGACCUAUUCGAGUGGAGGUGGCCAGUUUAUUCACACUACAGAUGUUGGUGAAAACAGCUGCUCUGAUCGACAUGGUGGUACAUCGGCUGCUGCACCUAAUGCAGCAGGCAUCUUUGCACUGGUGUUGUCUGUUCGACCUGAUUUAACAUGGAGAGAUUUGCAGCAUCUCUGUGUGCAGACAGCAUUGCCUGUCAACACCAAUGACGAGGAUUGGAAAGAGCUGCCUUCUGGAAGAUUAUACAAUCACAAAUUUGGAUACGGUAAACUGGACGCUUAUGCGCUGAUUGAAGCAGCCAAAACAUUCAAGCUGGUGAAUCAACAAACAUGGCUUGCACUGCCUAGCCCAGUAAAGAAGAGAGCUAUCCCAGACUCUACUGGUCUCAAAACUCGAAAGGCGCUAAAGAACAUUGUUUUGGUCACUGAAGAGAUGAUCAAAGCAGCCGGCCUGCUUCGAUUGGAACACAUUACAGCCACUGUCAAUAUCCAGCAUGAAAGACGUGGUAACAUUGUCAUUGACCUGGAAAGUCCCAAUCAUGUCAUCUCAGAAUUGGCCACUAGACGUAAUCUGGAUACAAAUGAUCGUGGUAUUACAAAUUGGAAGUUUAUGACAGUAAAACACUGGGAAGAAGAUCCUGUUGGCAACUGGACACUCAAUGUUUACGACGUUGACAAUCCAGAAUCAAAGGGCUUCAUGUUGAAUUGGACAUUGACCUUGUUUGGAGAGCAGGAUCCUGCAUUUGAGGGAACGCCUAUUCAUUCCUCAACUGGUCUUCAUGACGACAAAGAGCACGAGGUAUCGAUAUCACCUACCACCUCUACGGCAAAACCUGUUUCGACUACAAAAGAUAACACACCAUCGAGACCAACUCGCAUCAAGCCCGAGGAUAAGAGCAGCAAAUCAUCAGAGAAAACGAUAUCCUCCACAACAGCCGCCUCUCCCACAAGCAGCGAAACCCCUGCUACUGAAAAUGAAGAAGCAGGCACACAAGCAGAGAAGAUGAAGGAUGACCAUAGUUACCUAACUGUCGUAUACGCUGUAGUGGGAUCAUUUGCUAUUCUUGGAGUAGCCACAGGACUUUACUUUUACAAACGUCAAGGAUGGAAGUCGCCUAUUAUGACAACGCAGGACAGACAAUUAGGGCCUGGAGGAUAUGAAUUUGAUGUACUUCAGCCACUGACUGAACUAGAUGAAGACGAACUAUCAGAAUCAGACACAGAUGACGAUAACGAAGUGGAUAGACUUGUUUGCAGCAACCAUUAA